AUGGAAUCUGCCCGAAGCCUUUAUAAAAAUGACAUCGAUUUUGCAGCCUUGGCGCUGCAAUCGCGGGACUUCGCCAAGCACUUGAACAAAAACAGCCAACUGGACUUUACCGAUCCAGCCGCCGUCCGACAACUCACCACCACCCUCCUGCAACAAGAUUUUCACCUGAAAGUUGAAAUCCCCGAGGAUCGAUUGUGUCCACCGGUGCCAAACAGACUCAACUACAUCCUCUGGCUGCAGGACCUUCUCGACUCCACCGCUGGAGGCCUGCAUGAGGGAUACGACCGAGACCGGGAUGUCUUCGGCCUUGACAUGUGCGUAAUGAGUCUCUCCAAUUUCCUUAUCAUGUCUGACAAAGUACAGUGGGACGGGAUGUAUCGGCAUCUACCCCCUUCUGGGCUGCGCGACACGGCCACGGUGGAAUUUUGUAGCAACAGGUACGUCUUUGAGUCCGAGGAUCUUAAGUAUCCACUAAUCAACCUGACAGACAUUGACUCAAACAAUAUCCGCACUUCUCAGCAUAACGUGGCUCUGAACAACCUGGAAUCACGUAUCCAGGUCGUACAUUCCGACCCCACAGGACCACUCUUCCCGCUAGACAAGCUAGGAUGCCAAAACCUUGAUUUCACCAUGUGCAACCCACCCUUUUACACAUCGUCCGCUGAGCUGAAGCAAUCGGCCGAGCAGAAAGAGCGAGAGCCCUUCUCAGUGAGUGUCACUAGCUCCACUUCCCGUGCCAAACAACUAUACACAACCCGCCCUAUUCCACGUGCGUACCGUUCCGUACUAACCUACAUGAAGGCUUGCACCGGUGCCGAAAUGGAAAUGGUGACCAGCGGUGGAGAAGUAGCUUUCGUGAAGCAAAUGAUCGACGAAAGUCUCCAGCUGCGUGACCGCAUUCAGUGGUACACAUCCAUGCUUGGAAAAUUGAGCAGUAUCAAUGUACUCGUAGAGGCGCUGAUCAAGCACGGCGUCACCAAUUUCGCAGUUACCGAGUUUGAGCAGGGAAGCAAGACGAAGCGUUGGGCCGUGGCGUGGUCAUGGGGAGACCGAAGGCCUGCCAUGCAUAUUGCGCGUGGAAUCCCCGGCUGCCCGAAGAGUCUUUUACCUUUCCCUACAGAUUACACAUUCACCAUGCCACCCGGAACGUCUAUUGACGCAACCACUGCUACGAUAAAUGCAGAACUCAGCUCGUUGCCUUGGUUUUGGGCCUGGGAUCAGACACGUUCUUCGGGUACGGGAUUCGCUGCUGAGAAUGUGUGGUCGCGAUUCGCCCGCCGAAAAAUGAAACUUGCUGGUGAGGAGGAUGCGGCUAGAUUGAAGGUGAUUCCCGCCCAGGUGGCGUUGGGAGUACGUCUGCAGACACGGCUAGUCCGCGGGCAGAAACCGGACGAGGAAGAGGUGAGAGUUUUAGUUCGCUGGGCGCAGGGGACUGACACCGUCUUGUUCGAGAGCUUUUGCGGGAUGGUGAAGAGGAAGUUGGAAUCAAAAUGA